AUGGCGUCGUCGGUUCCUAGCACGCCGCUUCUGAAGGAUGAGCUCGAUAUCGUUAUCCCCACAAUCAGGAACCUUGACUUCCUUGAGAUGUGGAGGCCUUACUUUCAGCCCUACCACUUGAUCAUCGUCCAGGAUGGAGAUCCUUCCAGGACUAUCAAGGUUCCUGAUGGUUUUGAUUACGAGCUCUACAAUCGCAACGAUAUCAACCGCAUCCUUGGCCCUAAGGCCUCCUGCAUCUCCUUUAAGGACUCUGCUUGCCGGUGCUUCGGGUACAUGGUGUCUAAGAAGAAGUAUAUCUUUACCAUUGACGAUGACUGCUUCGUCGCCAAGGAUCCCUCUGGCAAAGAGAUCAAUGCUCUUGCGCAACACAUUAAGAAUCUGCUUUCCCCCUCCACUCCUUUCUUCUUCAACACUUUGUACGAUCCUUACCGAGAGGGCACAGACUUCGUUCGUGGCUACCCUUUCAGCCUAAGAGAAGGCGUUUCCACUGCAGUCUCCCAUGGUCUUUGGCUCAACAUCCCUGAUUAUGAUGCUCCCACACAGCUCGUCAAGCCUAUGGAAAGGAACACCAGGUAUGUCGAUGCGGUUCUUACCAUUCCCAAAGGAACUCUCUUCCCCAUGUGUGGGAUGAAUCUUGCAUUCGACCGAGAGCUGAUUGGCCCUGCCAUGUACUUUGGCCUUAUGGGUGAUGGCCAACCAAUUGGCCGAUACGAUGAUAUGUGGGCUGGAUGGUGCACCAAGGUUAUCUGUGAUCAUUUGGGACUUGGAGUGAAGACAGGUUUACCAUACAUCUGGCACAGCAAGGCAAGCAACCCAUUUGUGAACCUGAAGAAGGAAUACAAUGGCAUAUUCUGGCAGGAAGAACUCAUCCCCUUCUUCCAAUCUGCAACUCUCACUAAGGACUGCACCACUGUUCAGAAAUGCUACAUUGAGCUCUCAAAACAGGUAAAGGCAAAGCUCGGUAAAAUCGACCCUUACUUCAACAAGCUGUCCGAGGCCAUGGUUACAUGGAUUGAAGCCUGGGAUGAACUGAACCCGUCCUCCUCGGCCUCUGCCGAAGUCGCCAAUGGCCCGGCCAAGGCAAAAUAAGUAGGAAGAGAUUUCACUUGCUGCUAUUAGUAGUCUUUGAUUGUCUUGCAUUUGAUUACCAUACAAAUUUGUAUUUGUUAGUGAUUUUCGAACUUUGUUCUACUCCUCAUUAGAUGUUGACUCUGUUCCUUCUUCUCUGAAUUACUACUACUCCAUGAGCUUCUCUUUUCAUGCAGAGAGGCUUGAGUGAUGAUUUCUUGGUAAUUUUUUCGGUAUUUUGAAUGAGUUCAACCUUUUAUUUAUGAGGUGACAAUAAAUCCAUCUUUUGCGUUUGAUAA